CCGACAGUAUGACCUGACAUGUAGAUCUUGCCAUCGUGAAUGACAAGGCAUGAGCUGCAUGCUCUUUCUCACAGGCCUUAUUCAACGUGCAGCAUUUUUGGCAGGCAGUUCAACGCGUAUGCCGUCCUUUGAAAUUUGGCUGGAUGACUUCUAUGUCUUUUGAGAUCCCACUGUUUUUUUUUCUCUUUACUGUUAUUGUUUACUGCGCUUACUAUGCCUCAUUACAACACUUCCAGCAGUGCUACCACUAGCAAAGAUCGCUUUGCUGUUAUCCUCCAAAUGAAAAUGUUGCUUAAGCAUUACGAUGGAGAGGACGAAGAUCUCCGUAUCGAUAUCGUGAAAGCUGCACCCAAGUUUUUUAAUGCCGCUCAAACCUCGAUUGUCAAAUUGAAGCGCAAGGUCAAGAUCACACCUCGUGACCAAAAGGACAUUGCUGAACUCGAAAACUUGAUGCCACAAGUCCAAGCCAACUUAGACGCUGCUAAUGUUGCCGCUGCCUCUCCUUCUGUACCCGCUUGUAUUCCCGUCUCACCUGUGGCCUCCUCACAUGUGGCCAUGUCUUCCGUGGACUCAUCCUCCGAGGACUUGUCUUCCGUGGACUCAUCCUCCGAGGACUUGUCUUCCGAGGAUUUGUCUUCCAGCACCACACGGGAGCUUCAGAAGGAGACACAGCAUCUGAUGCAAUUGCCGUUGCGACGCAACGGAGAAACCGCCAACGAAAGAACGCAAAAAUGCUAUCCGAAGAACGAAAAGGUCCAACAACCGAUCGAAGAAAAGCCGAUAGGACGACGAAAAGUGUCCUAUCAGCUGUACCCAUUACACCGCCUCUUUCCUGCCGGCGAAGCGAGCCAGGGUGCAUCCGCCAUCCCUCCGUUUCUUCCAAUUUUGCUGAUGGGACCCUAAGUGAAAAGGCCAAAAAAAAAAGAAGGUGAGAUGAAAAGAAAAGGAAAAAAAAAUUGGUAGGACGUACGCUAGGCUCAGUAGCUGCCGCGAUCCGUGUUACGAGACUGAUACGGACGCGGGUUCCCCUGUAUGAACUUACUGAGCCUGCUCUCCCGGCCCAACAUACAAGCACGAUCCAAUAUGAUGC